AGUUUUCUGCAAAUAAGAAUAAUUUGCAGAAGACCAUCCUUUGAAAUAGCAAUCUUUCCUAGUUUGAUUUAAAAAUUCAAUGUUAAAUGUUUUUAUAUAAAUUCAACAAUAUAUUUUAAAAUUUUGUUUUAAAUUGUCUUUAUUCCAAAUUAAUACGUGAAAUUGUGGUGUAUAUCGAAGUAGCUGAAUUCCGUUAAGAUGAAACAAAAGGACGAGAAUACAACUCAGCUUCUGAUUUUAGCCAGAAAGAAACUUAGAAAAUUAAUUAUGCAGGGCAAAGUGGGACCCAAGAGGAAGCAAUCCAGCACAAAAAUUGCAACUCCCCCUCCUCAGGUGUUGGACACCCCGAAAUUAAAGAAAAAGUCUGAGGAAGAAAAUAAGAACAAGGACAUUCGUACAAUUAUAAAAGAGAGGUUUCAAAUGGAUCCAAAUAAACUUAAGCCACACUUAACUGGUAAAGGUGAUGCAAGUGCAACGACAUACUUGAAGAGAUUAAGAAAUGAGAACCGUUCUUUUGAUAACUCUCAGCCAGAAACAAGAAAUUUGUCGAAUACAAACAAAGGUUCUAAAGAGGUGCAAAAUGUUGAAAGUGCUGCUAGUAGUUCCAGGAACAUCGAAGAACAUAAAGUAAAAGUUUAUACAAUGCAAUAUUUAAAUAAUUUCCAAGCUGUUCGUUCCAAAGAAUUACAAACGAUUGAUCAUCUCCAAAAGUUCACAACUUCUGAUCCAUUAAAACAAUAUUUUACAAACGACGAAAAAUUACCAACAAUACACAAUACCAAUAAAUAUUUUCAAAUAGAUAAACCAAUAGAUGCACACAACAAUAAUAAAUAUCUUGACAAGGUUUACACUAAAGGUACAGUCAACUCCAAAAAAUUUCUUCAAAUGGACUACGCUAAACCUACACAUAGCAUCAACAAGUACCUGCAAUUAGGUGACCCUAAAGACACUAUUAAACCGUAUUUACCUUCAAGAAUUGGAAGAGAUCCCAGGGGUCAAAAGAAGAUUAAUCCAUACUUUAUUAACGAUGAAGCUAAUAUCUUGAGUUCCAAACAUAUUCAUCGUAAUAUUUAUGAGGAAGUAAGAUCACCUCCAAGACCUUUUCUAAAAAAUAAAAAUAUAAUUGAUUCCGAUGGCAUUUUCAAUAUGUGGCGCAGAGGUUCACCAACAGCAUUACACCACCGCGCAAGCAGUGUUAAAGUCUUUAACUUUGGUCCUAGGUACUUGCUUAGAAAAUCGAAGCCAACUCCGAAACGCCGUGUCACUUUAGAUACGGUUCCUGAACUUAAUGACUUUUUCGAUACCACCUUAGAUUUCCAUAGAAUUAAACCAAAUAAAUGAAAAUCGUCCUUAAUGAGAUCUGUGAAUUCAAAUAUAAGAGUUCGGAUGUUAUAACAAAAUUUCAAAUAACUUAAAAUUAUAUUUUGGCUAUAUUCAUCUAUAUAUACUCUAUACAAUAUAUCUGAGUAAAUAAAAAAACCUCAAGUAA